GACGUUGCUUUGACAUCUGCUUUCCACGAUGGUAUCUUUCUCAAGCCUUCUAACAAACCUAAAUCAUGGCUCAGCACCCUUCAUCUCUACCUUUCUGCUCAUCCAUCUCACCGCACCAGCCUUGGCCAACGUUGGUGGUUCAGAAAUGGCCAGUCAGGUGAUGAUCCUCGGAAGAGAAUACUACCAAACCUCUUUUGGUGAAAAAUAUCUCUUACUAGGUCCUAUCAUUGUCCAUUCUCUCUCCGGAAUCACCAGACGACUCCUCGCUCCCGGGAAACCCAUCUCCCUCGUGCAUCUUGCCGCAUACCCACUUCUCCUUCUCGCCCCGAUACACUUCUUAACCCACCGUGCCAUACCUGCUCUCCCAUCUGAACCCAUUUCUUCGCUUAGCCCAAGCGAGCUAGACUACCAGUUCGUCGUUCAUCACCUACACAAGUACCCAGUUGUAUCCUGGACGCUCUACGGCGCGUUAAUUCUGACAACGAUCGUACAUGCUGUUGAAGGUGCCGUAGUGGUAUGGAAUACUUGGACUCCUAAGAUGAGAGUGAACCAGCAAGGGAAAACACGAAGUGUCAGACUCGCAGCCGCGUUGAUGGCUUUUGGUGGGCCAGUGUUAUCAGGUGUUUAUGUUCUCUCGAGGGAACUGCCGUUCUUAUUGAAAGGCAUGGCUGAACGGUUUGACGCGGUCUUGAGAAGUGUGCCUAUUUACCGUCUGGAGUAGUUCCGAGGUACGUUAUGCAAAUUGUAUGAACUUUUGGCUACUCGUCUAAUGAAAUGUCUUUUGAGAUGCUCU